AUGAAUAUUGAUUGUUGCUGUCAGAAUUGUGGGGUGGAUGCUGAAAGUGAUUUGCACGUUUUCUGGUUUUGUAAAUGUGCUUCACAGGUCUGGAGACUGUGGAGUGUAUCAGGCCUUUGCAAACCUGAAAGGAAUUGGAGGAUACAGGAUUUUAUUAGUUAUGCUUUUAACAAAUUGCAGAAGCAGGAGUUCAUCAUGUUUAGUGUCCUUCUUUGGCUAAUUUGGAAUAACAGAAAUUGCAGUCUGUUUGGUGGUUCUGUCAAGCCAGCAGGGAAAGUUGUGGAGUGGGCUCAGGUCUAUAUUGAAGAUUUUAGCAACAAUCAGCAGGCUCAUAGUGUUACAAAUCAAACAGCAGAUCAUAUGCGGAAAAGGAAAGCAAGGAAAGCAGAGGAUAGUCGAUGGAUACCUCCAAGGAAUGGUACUUUCAAGAUUAAUGUUGAUGCAGGAUUUGAUUCUGUCAAUGAUUGUUUUGGUACAGGUGCGGUUAUCAGAGAUAGCAAUGGCUUGGGGAUUCUGGCAGGUCAUUGCAAAUACAGGGGAAGUCCAGAGGUGAGUACUGGUGAAGCUAUUGCUAUAAGGGAUGGAAUUGUGCUGGCCAUGAAGGAAUGUUUAACUCCUUUCGAAAUCUCUUCUGAUUCGAAAGUAGUAGUGGAAGCCUUCAAGAACAACAAAUUGCCUGCUAAUGACAUUGGCCUUAUUAUUCAAGAUUGUAGAGUGUUAUGUAAUAAUGUCAGUAUGUUAGGCAUUGAUUACGCUAAUAGAAGUACUAAUAAGGUAGCUCAUUGUUUAGCUCGUAAAAGUCUUAUUAGUAAGAACUUUUCAGAAUAUUGGAAGGGUUGUAUCCCUACUGAUGUAACUCAUCUUGCUGUGGCUGACAUCUCAGCUCUUUUGAAUUAA